AUGGCCCAGUACCAAGACGUAUCCUUUGAUAUCCCUUCGAACACCUUUCCUCCUCAAUCCUUUGCUUCCCUGUUUGAAUUGGAAUCACCAAAAUCAUUCCUUGAACAGUUUCUGGCACAGGAAUCCAGCGAUAAUGCAUACCUACCUCAAUUCCAAUGUGGUUCAAGUACGCUUAUCCCAAUGGCCCAGUACCAAGAAGAAUCCUUCAAUAUUCCUUCGAACACUUUUCAUCCAGGAUCCUUUUCUUCCUUGUUUGAACCAGAAUCUUGCGGCACAGGAUUCGGAUGA